ACCUGUGUGGCAGCAGACCAGUGAACCUUGGAAUAUCACGAUCAGAAAUACUUGACGACAUCUCCAACUAGUCUGCCAAUAUGGAAGGUCUUUUCUACAACGUUAACAAUGGGUAUGAAGCUCUAACCCAAUCGGAAAGUCCAGUGUCUAACUAUUUGGAAGCUACAUUGAAGGCAUCGUCAGAGGUUAUCGCAAUGGCCUCUUGACUGGGCAAAACUACGCCAAUCUUACGCAGUGCGAAACGAUCGAUGGUACGUCUAUUGCGGCUCUUUUGGGGCUGCAUUUAAUGGUUUUGCAGAUUUAAAGCUUCAACUCGGCCCAGCAUACGGCGAUUUCCUUUCAUCACUCCCUCCAAAUCCCUCCACCUCCACCCUCGCCGCAAAAACAACCGACAAAUUGAUCUCAGAAUUUCGAUAUGUGAGAGCAAACGCUGUUGGAUCACUGGCAAAGUUUAUGGACUACCUGACCUACGGAUACAUGAUCGACAACGUAGCUCUUUUGAUUACCGGCACUCUACACGAACGAGACACAAGAGAGUUGUUGGAGAGGUGUCAUCCACUCGGAUGGUUCGAAACGAUGCCAGUGCUAUGUGUAGCCACAAAUAUCGAGGAACUAUACAACAGCGUUCUGAUUGAAACCCCACUUGCACCAUAUUUCAAAGGAAGCUUGAGCCACCAAGAUUUGGAUGAGCUCAAUAUUGAGAUUGUCCGAAAUACCCUGUACAAGAACUACCUCGAGGAUUUCCACAACUUCGUCAACACAGAUUCGGAAAUGGCUGGUACACCAACAGCAGAGGUUAUGACGGAAAUUCUAGAGUUUGAGGCGGAUCGAAGAGCUAUCAACAUCACAUUAAACUCUUUUGGUACGGAACUUUCCAAGGCGGAUCGCAAGAAGUUGUACCCAGCAUUUGGCAGACUGUAUCCUGAAGGAUCAUUUAUGCUUUCAAGAGCAGACGAUGUUGAAGGUGUGAGAUUAGCAGUAGAGGGUGUUAAUGAUUACAAGACCUACUUCGACCAGGCAGGUAUGGGACAGAGCAGCGGUGCUGGAAAUAUGAGUGGGGGUGGUGGAGGUGAUGGAAAGAGUCUUGAAGACUUGUUCUAUCAAAAGGAAAUGGAAAUUUCCAAGGGAGCCUUCACAAGGCAAUUCACAUUCGCCAUCGUAUAUGCAUGGGUUAAAUUGAGAGAACAGGUAAGAAAAUCUUGGCGUAUACAAGAAUUUGGACGUACUAACCAAUUACCAGGAGAUCCGAAACAUCACUUGGAUUGCAGAGUGUAUAGCACAAAACCAGAAGGAGAGGAUCGGAAAUUACAUAAGUGUAUUCUAGAUGCCUCUUGAUGAUUCUUCUUGACUGUUAAAAAUUUGUACCGUUAUGUUGGGCUGGCGCAGGGAGAUGGGACUUGACUUGCAAGUGGUAUCCUAUCUGGCUUUUCUAGUUUAGAUCAGUUUCUUUUUAAUGAGAACUGUAUUGGCAAUCGUGAA